CCUCCGCAUGUUGCACGCACCAGGCCCAGGGCACAUGACCCUCUGCGUCCUCUGCUCCAAAUAUUUGUGUCAGUUUGCACUAAAAAAGGAGAACAAUCUGCAGCAAAAAAAAGCUGGCUGGAUCCAUGCAUUGAAGAGAGACGAGCAGAGGACAGAAAGGCGGAACUACAGAAUCAUAGACAAUUUAACCAACUGUUUGGGCCUCUGGGAGGAAAGGUAAAUAGUCGGUGGAAGGGUUCAACCACUUGUAGAAAUUGCACCCGCCGCCUUGAAGUUCUCCCCUCUCUCUCCUCCCCAGUCAGUACCCUCAGACAAAUACAUUAUUUGCUCAGUUACCAGGCAGCAGUCCAGAGCCUGAGAAAUGCUAGCCGUAGAUACGCAGAAGAGGAUCGCUCUCGAGGAGUUCCAAUGACUUGUCCACUGGCUCUCUAGGGCCACAUCGGCUGGAGAAAAUGGCCCUUUGGGUCAUGGGGAUCUUGGCCUUCUUCUUAGGCCUCUUGGUUUGGAGGUUCUUGUGGCUAUGGCGAGCGUCCCUGGAAGAGGAGACAGGGGUCCGUUUUGGAGAGGAAACAGGGCACCUGGUAGGGGACUGCCACCUCUUUUGCAAACCCUCAACCCUUGCCCAAGCUUUGCUCAAAAGCUUGGCCCAGUCAGCUGAGCUGGAUGCCCGGCGGUGGCCCUGGAAGAAUUGGCUGAACCUCCAGACUGUCGCAAGGUUUCUGUGGCCUCCGGAUCACCCCCUGGAGUUUGCCCGAGACCACCUCCAGCUGACCGACCGUGGCAUUGUAGCCCUCGACUGGGUGGUUGGACCUCUGAGCCCGGGCACAAAGGUGUUUGAGACCCUGGAUCCCUUGGUGUUGCUGGUUGUGCCCAAUGCCACUGGCAGGAUCACCAAGAAUCUCCACAUACUGUGCCGCUUGGCUCUCCAGGAGGGUUUCUACCCGGUCAUCUUCAACCGGCGUGGGCACAACGGCUGCCCACUCACCAGCCUGAAACUGCAGACUUUUGCCGACCCGGCGGACCUGAAAGAAGCCUUGGGGUACAUCCAUUUCCGCUAUCCAUCCGCCACGCUCUUUGCUGUAAGCGAAGGUUCUGGGUCGGGCCUUUUGCUCUCCUACCUUGGCGAAUGUGGGUCAUCCAGCUCCCUCAGAGGGGCGGUCUGCAUCUCACCCCUACUCAAAGCCAAGGAGUGGUUCAAGAGGGGUUGCCCAUGGUGGUACGAAUGGGCCCUCCUUCUUUUCCAGAAGCAAGAGAUCAGCAGGUACGCCAAAGUCCUCGAGGAGGUUGUCAAAAUGGAUCGGGUACUUGAGAGCUGUUCAUUGCGUGCCUUCGAGGAAGCCCUCUUCUGCAACCAGAAGACCCAGAGCAUGGAUUGGGAGGCCUACUGGGACCGGAACGACCCCCUUCGGGAUGUGGACGAAGUCGCUGUGCCCGUCCUUUGCCUCUGUAGUGUGGAUGACCCCAUUCGGGGUCCACCUGCCGAGACCCUUCCUUGGGAACUCUUCCAGAGCAACCCCUACUUCUUCUUGCUGCUAAGCCCACAUGGGGGCCAUUGUGGCUUCUUCGGAGAGGGUCCCGACUCUUCUUGGGGAAACACAGUGGCCCUGGAGUACCUCUGUACAUUGGUGGAGUUUUUCCGCACGGAAGAGACCACGAGCAAGAAACUCCGCCAGAAGAAUGCGGUGAUGGAGCAGCGUUAUCAUCGGAGCACUGUCCACAGCCGAGAAGCUUUACCUCCCUCCGGUCAUUUUCUUCAGGAGACCUUUAGUUGGCAAAGGUCAUACACUCGGUAACAUUCCAGCAAACAGCAAGGCACCGCAUCCCAUCUGCUUUUAGAAGCUAAGCAGAGUUAGUCCUUGGAUGGGAGACUGCCAAUGGGUACUAUGCGCUAUAGGAUCUAUUUCAGAGGAAGGAACAGGUCAAGCCACCUCUGAGGAUUCCUUGCCAAAGAAAACCCUACAUCAUUAAAGGGGCUGCCGUAAGUCAAGACGUGACGUGAAGGCACAUAAGACACACACAAGAUCUGACGUUGGUCUCUUGUCCCCAAAUGCUGCAAGGAGAAAAGGUGCCUUUGUGGACUGUCACUCCCAGAACCCCCCCAGCC